CUCGUAUCCUCCUCACUCCUGUUCACAUGCCAACAAAAACCCACCCUAGCCUACCUCUCUAGUUCCCCUUAUAUAUACUGUACCAAAAACAUUUAUUCUGUGUUUCUUAGAAUCCUUGUCCAAACAAGAGUCGCACACAAUUAUUGUAAUAAUUUCAUUUUUAAUUUGUUUUUGUGUUGUUUGUGAUCAUGGCAACAACAGAGUCUGAGAAAUCAUUGCUGCAUCAUCACAAGGAGAAGCACUUCACCGCCGGUGAGGUCGUGCGUGACAUCAUCAUCGGAGUUUCUGAUGGUCUCACUGUGCCGUUUGCGCUGGCGGCGGGCCUCUCCGGCGCGAAUGCAACGUCGUCCAUUAUUCUCACGGCUGGUAUUGCUGAGGUGGCGGCCGGUGCCAUCUCGAUGGGACUCGGCGGUUAUCUGGCAGCCAAAAGUGAAGCUGAUCACUACUUUAAAGAGCUGAAAAGAGAAGAGGAGGAGAUUAUCACAGUCCCGGACACAGAAGCUGCUGAGGUCGCUGAAAUACUGGCUGAUUACGGGGUUCAGCCGGAUGAGUACAGACCUGUUGUUAAUGCACUCAGGAAGAACCCACAAGCAUGGCUUGAUUUCAUGAUGAAGUUUGAGCUUGGCCUAGAGAAGCCAGAUCCAAGAAGAGCUCUUCAAAGCGCAUUCACAAUCGCAAUUUCUUAUAUAAUUGGUGGACUAGUACCUCUUUCUCCCUACAUGUUCAUUAAGACCGCAGAAAACGCUCUUAUCACAUCUAUCAUUGUAACUCUGCUGGCAUUGCUAAUCUUUGGCUAUGCGAAGGGUCACUACACAGGGAACAAACCUGUUAAGAGCGCGUUGCAAACUGCCCUGAUUGGAGCCAUUGCCUCAGCUGCUGCCUUUGGCAUGGCCAAGGCGGUGCAAGGCUAGUCUCCCGGGGUAAUUGGGGUAUCAAGGAACAUGUUUGGACCCAGACAUUUACUGAAGUUAUCUUUGUGUUGUGCAACUUUUCUCUCUAUGGUUAAAUUGUAUGUUAAACAAUUCAGGAUAUCUUUGCCUUGAACAAGGUUAUCUUUUUACAAA